AUGAACUAUGAACGUGCCGUCAGCAAGAUCAAAGUUCGAACGGAAGGGGAGAGUGUGAAGACCUUGCUGAGGACAAUUAGUUCGAGAGGAGAUAACCCGAGAGACAAGAUAGAACAGAGAGGAGAUAACCCGAGAGACAAGAUAGAACAGAGAGGAGAUAACCCGAGAGACAAGAUAGAACAGAGAGGAGAUAACACGAGAGACAAGAUAGAACAUAGAGGAGAUAACCCGAGAGACAAGAUAGAACAUAGAGGAGAUAACACGAGAUACAAGAUAGAACAGAGAGGAGAUAACCAGAGAGACAAGAUAGAACAGAGAGGAGAUAACCCAAGAGACAAGAUAGAACAGAGAGGAGAUAACCCAAGAGACAAGAUAGAACAGAGAGGAGAUAACCAGAGUGACAAGAUAGAACAGAGAGGAGAUAACCCGAGAGACAAGAUAUACCAGAGAGGAGAUAACCCUAGAGACAAGAUAUACCAGAGAGGAGAUAACCCUAGAGACAAGAUAUACCAGAGAGGAGAUAACCCGAGAGACAAGAUAGAACAGAGAGGAGAUAACCCGAGAGACAAGAUAGAACAGAGAGGAGAUAACCCGAGAGACAAGAUAGAACAGAGAGGAGAUAACCAGAGAGACAAGAUAGAACAGAGAGGAGAUAACCCGAGAGACAAGAUAGAACAGAGAGGAGAUAACCCGAGAGACAAGAUAGAACAGAGAGGAGAUAACACGAGAUACAAGAUAGAACAGAGAGGAGAUAACCAGAGAGACAAGAUAGAACAGAGAGGAGAUAACCAGAGAGACAAGAUAGAACAGAGAGGAGAUAACCAGAGUGACAAGAUAGAACAGAGAGGAGAUAACCCGAGAGACAAGAUAUACCAGAGAGGAGAUAACCCUAGAGACAAGAUAUACCAGAGAGGAGAUAACCCGAGAGACAAGAUAGAACAGAGAGGAGAUAACCCGAGAGACAAGAUAUACCAGAGAGGAAAUAACCCUAGACAACAAGAUAGAACAGAGAGGAGAUAA